CCGGGGCGUCCCUUUUCUGACAAUCAUAACAUCGUACGUUACUUACUCCUUAAGUCGCAAUCGCACUCUGCAUGCAUGGGUAAAAUUGGAACACAUGCACGGCACGAUUCAAGCUGGCUGCAUGGCGCCACAUCCUCAUCCCACUCUCCUCCUUCCUCCUUCUCCCUCUCGACGAUCUAUCUCCCCGCCUUCUUAUUAUGAACCGCAAACGUCAUGCUCUGGUAGUCAUGGUCCCCACUAUGCUUAUGAUGCUGUCACCUAUGCUACCCAAUAUGAAUCCCACUGACCGCCCUCGUGAAGUUUCAGUGCCCCGUCUUCGCGAACAGUGUGAGCUGCGUUUGAAAUCCUGGAAAAGCGCUUUGCCGAAUAAGAUUUUUGGAUUUUCACAUACAAAAAAAAAUAGAAAUGUCUUCCAUCUUUGGUGUGCAAGCACGCCCAACCCAACCAAAGCAUCCUGCCUUGUUUCUUACUACUACGCCCAGACAUACAUGCAUCAACAUUAUCAUCAUCAUCAUCGCGUACAUGGACAUUUCUCUGGUUGGGUAGGGGUAGCAUCCUCCUAUGUACCUAUGACUCAACUACCGAUCGUGAUCCCUAUUCCCUGUGCCACUCAAGAAAUAUCCUCCAAGUCAUCUUGACGUUUUAUGGGCUCGUUCUUUCACACGCUGGGGCACCUAAUGCGCAGCUUUCGUCUCACAACCUUAAAUCUAAGCCUGUUUUCUCUGUUCAGUGAGAGCAAGCGGAGCGUCCGCGCCACUUAUUUUACAGCUCAGCAGUUCCCUUCGGCGUAGAAGCAUUCUCACGACAACGAUGGGCAUCGUUACGGCCCAAACAAUCCACCUCAGUGUCCUCAAUUUAUGUUGUCUAGUUAUAGCGAGUUCAUCUGAGUUUACACCACUGUCCCUGAUACUCCUAAGUACUGCGCCCAAUUGAUUAAAC